AUGUAUUUCUCUUUGGUAAUUUCAUGACUUCAUAUAUUUUUCUUUAUUCGUAACGCCAAACCACAUUGUUUAUUAUUUAUUUUACUUCUUAACUCCAUAUAGCAGGUCUGUGACCUUCCGUAUUUAGUUAUAAUAAAAAAAAGAAUAUUAACUUGUGUUAGUAAUUUCAAGCUCAACAAGAUUUAUAUAGAAAAUUUGUGGAAAAUACCUCAAGGAACUGCAAUGGCGAGGUCGCAGCUGACGGAGGAGCAGGUGGCGGAGAUCAAGGAGGCCUUCAGCAUGUUCGACACGGACGGCGACGGCUACAUCUCCCGGGACGAGCUGGGCACCAUCAUGCGCUCGCUGGGGCAGAACCCCACCGAGGCGGAGCUGCGCGAGAUGAUCGCCCAGGUGGACCGCGACUCUGACGGCAAGGUGACCUUCGAAGAGUUCCUGGUGAUGAUGUCGAAGAACACGCAGGACGUGGACAUCAUGCAGGAGCUGCGCGAGGCCUUCAGGGUGUUCGACAAGGACGGCGACGGCACCAUCAGCGCCUCGGAGCUGAAGGAGGCGAUGACCAAGCUCGGGGAGAGGCUGACGGACGAGGAGGUGGACGAGAUGAUCCGCGAGGCGGACAGGAACGGAGACGGCGUCAUCGACUACGAGGAGUUCAUCCAUUUAAUGACAUCCAAAUAAAGUUUUUCACAUUAAGAAGAGGAGUGUCAAGAACAUCGGCGUUGCUGCGUCAGAUCCACGGAAUGAAGUUAUGUGACCGUAUUCUGAAAACUGUGUAGUUUUAAACAAACAUAAAUAAAAAAAACUGUUUUUGUUCAAGCACC